AUGGAGCAAAUCAUAGAAAGGUAUCAGAGGAUGACUGGAACCUGCAUUCCUGACCAUGAUCGUCGGGAACAACUAUAUGGAGAAUUGGCUAUGUUGAGAAAAGAGUCCCGGCGUCUUCAUUCAAACAUGCGCUGCUACACUGGUGAAGACAUGAGCUCUAUUCCUUAUGAGGAGUUGGAUGCAGUAGAGCAAGAACUAGAACGCGCGGUUAACAAGGUCCGACAUAGGAAGAAUGAGCUCUUGCACCAGCAGCUGGAAAAUCUGCGCAGGAAGGAGCGUAUGUUGGAGGAGGAAAACAGCAAUAUGUACCGCUGGGCAAGGAUUCAGGAGCAUCGUGCCGCGCUGGGAUAUCAGCAGGCGGCGAUAGAAGCAAAUCCGGUGGAGCAUCAGCAAGUCUUGGAUCAAUUCCAAUUCUGUGGAGAACGGCCAGUAGCGUGCUUCAGCUUUCAAACAUCACUCAUCAAAUUGACCCAUACCAUCUCCAGCUUGCUCAGCCCAGCCUUCAAGGCUCUAGCGUCUAGAACUUAG